CACGAUCGCAAUAUCCAGGAAAUGCUGGCACACUUCAGGCAAGAAAGAGAAGAGCUGGAGGGUCACAUCCGCAGCCUCAAGGCUGAGCUCAUCGACAAUAAGUCUUUGAUGAAAGCAGAGCGCCAGCGUGUGGAGAAGAUGAAGGUGGAAUGUGACAAAUUUUCAGAGGAAGUGUUGCGGGGCAAAGAGGAGUACGCCACCCUGAGGUGCAAGUACCAGCUGUCUGCACAGGAUGCAGAGGAGAAGGCUCAGCAGCUCAGCACUGUAGGACAGAACACAAGGAAGCUGGAAGAGGACAACCAGAGUUUGCGGGAGAAGCUAGAUUCUCUGGAGACGGAACAGGAAACCAUUCUGAGUAUUCUAGAGACUGAAAUCAACUCAGCCUGUCAACUGCUGUCCAGAAAUUCCAUGGAUAGAUUCAAGGCUGUGUCUGCGGGAACUCACCUGAGGAAUGAUCCCCACUACUGGCUGGCAGAGACCAAGACCAAGCUGCAGUGGCUGUGUGAGGAGGUGAAGGAGCGAGAGGAGAAGGAACGCAAGCUUCGCGCUCAAUACCAGCAAUGUCGGGAGCAGCUGAAGGAGCAGAAGCUAAAGAAAGACUCCGAGAAAGAGCUA